GCAACUGUGACGUGCUCUUGAUACCACAACCGAACCUCGACUUGGAAUAACCCAGUUGUGCGUUUGCCACUUUUGCCUUGUAAGCGACGCAAAAUGCACAGGAACAAUGGGAAUGGUCAGAGGUUGCGAUGAGGACGCCAAAUGCCAUGCCGCACACAUGUCCUUCCUAACACACGAAACCAGGCUCAACGCAGGUUAUUGAUUAUGCUUGCGGUGUUCUGGGGUCCGACCGGGUGCCAGACAUUUCAGCAGCUGCCGAGAGUCCAGCGAGGUGUAUGCUGCGCGGCGACGCGCCCGCUGAAUCCCUAAACUGAAUCUUGAGGACAGGGGUACUGUUUGAGUGUGUGUGUGUGUGUGUGUGUGUGUGUGUGUGUGUGUGUGUAUAUAUGUGUUUUUGAGGGAGAGAGUGAAAGUGUGUGUGUUUGCAACUCCACAUGGCCUCCAUUCAGGACGGAGUGAACUUCUCUGCUCAUCCCUAUGGCAAAGUACUGCUGCUGGGGGCCAUCGCCGCCGCCUCAGCCUUUGUUGUCACCAUCCUCAUCGUUGUGCUAUGUGUGGGCUGCCAGAGGAAAGGGAAAACACACAAUGGGCCUGGGGAGGAGAGGAAACACAGACUCAUGGACAUGGGCAUACUGCGGCAGUCCAAGCUGCGCUCCAUCAGUAAGUCAGAUACCAAGCUUCAUGAGAUGAACAGACUCAACUGCAAUGGCAAGAAAUCUUCUAAGAAGAACCGUCCCGCCAGCAUGGAUCUUCUCCUACUCCCAAGCCGUCGCUCAAACUCCGACCUACGUUCUCAGGGCUGCCAGCUGCCUCAGAUCCCCUCCGGUGAGGACGGGGAACACACAUAUGCUGAGGUGGGCCGCCGCUCCUCUCCCACGCGGCGUUCUGAGGAUGCCCGCUACGGAGUCGGAGGUAGAGCAGGAGAGACAGACACUCCCGCCCCACCGGCGGUCCCUGCUAACACCCCAGCUCCUCCUGAUCCUGAUGGGGACUGCAUGGAGGGUGGGAUCACAGAGACAGAGAACAUCCCCCAGGUGAUAAACACGCAACCUCAACCCCAGGAGUCAGUGGAGUACGCCUGCAUCAGAAAGGUCCGGAGAGUGGACAAAGCAGCCCAGAAGAGGGACAAUGGAACAGAGACAGAGGAGGCGCUCGGGGAACAACAACCACACACCAGUGGGGAUAUUCGGCAUGCCCCUCCCACUCACCCAGCCCCACCUCCAUCCCACCCACACAGUCAGAAGAUUCCUCGAAAAAAUAUGGAGGGCUUUAACCUUCCAUCUUUCCCUAAGGAGGCAGUGUUUAUGGGAAAUGGCGAGCAGUACAUUUGGAAACCUCCAGAAGACGAUGACAUCAUCUUCCAGCACAAGCAGAUGGGUAUUCCGGGCUCUCACGCUGAAGAGAACAUGGCAGCAUCAGCAGCAGGGAUCGCUGAGAUGUAUUCCAAAGUCUGCAAACCAGGCAAAAAGAAGCGAGGCAUGCCUGGCUCGCCCACAGCUGCAAGAGACAUCAGCGGAUUUAGGACCUUGGCUCGGGGUGAUCGUGGUGAGCGUGACGGGGGUUUUAGCGUGGUAGUCAAACCCCAGACGUGGGCCCCGCAGGAGGGCAAAGGCUCUAGAGUGCCUCCUGCCUGCGUGGAGGACCACUGCUACGAAGCCAUCAGCACAGAGGAGUCAGACCUGGCUUAUGAGACCAUGGAGGGUGGGGGAGGCUGGAAGCAUGACAGACCUCCACCUAAUGCCAGUGCCACCUUGCGACCCAAGAGGAAGAGGCCCCAGCAGCCCUUGCAACAACCACCCCCACCCCCUCCACCCCCCCAGCAGACUCCCAAACUGCAACAUCUCCCUGCCAAAGCCCUGCUGAUUCCCGGGGAGUGCUUGUACGAGAGCAUACCCGACCUAAAGCAGAGCUCGGCCACCUCCAGCACAACCACCAUCUUUACCUUCAAUGAUGGCAUGGAGAUGUAUGUCACUGGCCUGUAGAGGGAGGUCUGGGGAACUUUUCUUAUAGUGAGUGAACAGAGCUUGACUCUUAAAUGGGGACAGGCAUGUGUCGUUGCCCAACGGGGUACAGACAUUGCACCACUGCUAUGUGUUUUACAUGGGUCCCAAAUAUUAGUUAAGCAUUAAUUGAGUUUUGUAAGUCUAGUUAAAGGUCAGUAUUCUUGCAGAACAAAAAUGAUAGAAUGCUUACAUGAAAAUCUGACUAAAUGAUUACUCACAUACCUACAUCACAUACAUAAAUAGUGAUAGAGAAUCCUUCACCAGCCACCACAUAUCACCACAGAUAACAUAUCACAACAGAUAGUAGCAUCACUGGGGAUUCCUGUAUAGGAAUAUUAUGGAAUCCUUGUUUUUUUGUCAUAACAUGCUGUAGUUUAUGGCAAAGUAACCAUAGGAAUUGCGGGUCAGACGUAUAUUUGAUGCCUAGAAAAUCCCAAAGGAGAAAACAAAUAUAUGAGCAACAUUUAUUGCAAAGUCUAUUGCAAAAAAUAAUUUAAAGCACAGAAUAUAAUUCCAUUCCUGCGGCUCUCUGCAAUGAGAAAAUUGUAUUUUGAUUAGGUACUGUUAGCAAAGCACGAUCCCCUAUUUCAAAAAUGAACUUACAAGAAGUGGACCUUAUAAAUCCCAAGCAAAAUAUGAUAUAUUGACAAAAAGUCUAUAUUUAAUGUGUUCAUAGAUAAGUGGAUCCUAUUUUAAAAUGUUAAAAGCUAUCUAUUAUCUAAAAGCUUUAGAAAAUACAUGGCCCUAUUUUUGUAAUGUCUAAGCCUCUAUUUCUGUAAAAAAAAUAUUCAAACAGAGAUUCUCAUUUGAUGGGUCAAGCAGUUCUAGUAAAUAAAGGAAGUAUUUUCUUACAAAGCACAAAUGUCACAUGCUUAGCAUGCUGUUUGUCAAAGACAGUCCCCAUAUGAAAUUGAAACAGCAAAUUUAAAAUCAGUACAAAUUUAGAGGUUGUUAAUGGUAAGUAAAGAGAGAUCAGUAAUUUCAUUGUACUUGUACAAUGACAAUAAAGAGCUUGAAUCUUGAAUCAUAGAAAGUAUUAGCAAAAGCUCAGGGACUGAUAGAAAUUGAAUAAAUAAUUGCACACAAAUAGAUUUGACAUAUCUGACUGGAGACCCCAAUGUCUUUUCAUGCUAUUUUAUGUUUUGGUCAUAACAUCAAUUCAAACUGUCACGACCACAGCACUUCGAUGUGGUGAAAUAAGUGUUUUUUCUUUGUCAAUACUGUUUAUGCACUUUGCCUGACAAAAAAAGAUGCAUGCUUUCAAGAAGAAAAAAAAAUACCUUUGCAAAAGUGGAAAAAAAGAAAAGAAAGAAAAGUGAAACACUAGCACUGUUGUGUGGUAUCAGAGAAUGGCUAAUUUCUUGCUGUUGUCAGUGGUUUGAUUUUUACCCCUUUUUCUUCAUCUAAGAAAGAGCACAAAGUGAUUUGCUUCAAAACUAGGUAGACCAAUGAGGACUUGAGGAGGACAUUCUAAAACCUAGGCUGAACAGUUGGAAAAUGUAACACAAUUGAUGAGAAUAAUUUUAUCAUAGACAAUCCCUUUCCCCUUUACAGAAGCAGUCAGUAAAGGAGAUCCCCGCAGAGGAUAUGUUACAAACCAGAAAAUGCAGAAAAGAUGGGAGGGGGAUUUGCUCUUGGUGUUCCUGAAAGUAUUUGUUUCUUUCUGGUCAUCCUUUUGGAAUGAUUUUUUCUCUGGUGAAAAAUGAUCUCAGCAGUAUAUCUGUGAGUUUUGAUUAUGUGCUUUGGGAUUUUUUUAUUUUCACAUCAGUUUUGCUAUACUGUGUAUCUCAAAGACCAGUUGAGUUUAGUGUGGCAGCUAAUGUUGUGCGUUUGCUUAUCAAACAGCAGGGUGGUGUGUAUUAAAGCUGUGUAAUUAAGUUCUAAUGUGUAAAAGAUUGUAAUGUUUUUAUAUCAAAAUGACUAUUCAUAAAAA